AUGAAGCGGUUGACAGCAGGUGGAAGCGCAGGAAGCAGCAGCGGCAGCGUUAGCACGAGCGGCGACCCGCGGAGACCAGACGCGGUGAAGAAGUAUGUCCCGCCGGUGGUGAAUGCGGAGGAUCUGCCGAUCGACAUGGCGAGCAUGAUGGCCGUCUUCUUCGGGAUCGCCGGCGUCAUGAUGCGGCAAAAGCUUGCCUGCUGGCUGGCUCUACUUUGUGCGGCACAAGCUUUGGCAAAUAUGAAAUACGUGGAGCAUGAUUUGAAGCAAAUUAUCACCGCGCUCAGUUUUGCUGUUAUGGGCAUCGUGACAAAUUAUUUUGCACCUGUUCCGGUACACCCUGAUGCUGUUUCAGCAGGCCAACAAGUGCAGCCGGGACCCGAGCCUGAUGGAUCUGGUUCGGACAACCAAAAGGGGCUUGGUGACAGGCUCGGAGAAGACGAAGCGAGAAACGUGGUCUUUCUCAGUGACGUAUCAGCGACCGCGGAUCUAUCAACCAGAGAAUUUCCGGAAUCGGAGCGGCUGCUUAUGUCGGAUACGCAGGAUUUUCUGAAAUCUCUCUUGGACGGUUGUGAUCGCCGAGACGAGGCAUCUACGGCUGGGGACGCGGCUGACAUCUCCGUGUCUGAAAAUGAGGAGAGAGCAGUUGAGGGAGAGGAGAAAGGAAAGGGGACGUCGGAAGGUGACGUGGAAGGCGGUGCUGAUGUCCGUGCGGAGGUAGUGAUUGAAUCCGAGAGAAGCGAAGACAGACGCGAAGUCAAGGCAGAGGAGGAGGGAACGAAACUCGCAGCUGUUGACGCGAGGGUCGUCGAACUCGCUGUAACCGCAGUCGUUACAGUGCUGAAGGCGGUUGCUUUGGCGGAAACCCCGAACCCGCAGCUGGUUCAGAGGCUGCUGGAGGUCGGUGUGCGAGCAGCACUCCACGCAGAGAUUGGAAAGCCCUCUUCUGCAGAGGGUGUGUCCGCGGUAGAGGGUUUGUCCGCAGUAAAGAGUGUGUCCGCAGUAAAGGGUGUGUCCGCAGUAAAGAGUGUGUCCGCAGUAAAGAGUGUGUCCGCAGUAAAGAGUGUGACCGCAGGGCUUGUUGGGGAACAGUUGCUGGCGCUGGUGGCUGGUGCAGUUGCUGUUCUGGAUGAAAUGGCGAAAAGAGAGGAGGGGCUAGAUGCGUCUAGUGAGGGUGAGGGGACUUCAAAAGAGGUGUCGCAGGAGGAGGUGGGUGAAAAACGAGCUGAUGAAGAAAUCGCAGGAGGAGAGGGAGAAGGAAAACACGCAGAAGUUGAGGUUCAGUUGGGGGUUGGUGAGGGUGGUGGUAGUAAGGAGAACGAGAUUGCUGAUGUGGGAGGAGUGGGUGGGGCGAGAGCGGAGGUUCUGCACGUGCUGUUGUCGUUUCUGUCCCUUGUCCUGUCCGCCUGCAAGGGUAGUGAUGCAGCGGAGGCGGAGGAGGAGAGGGCGCUAGCCUCCCGCGUGUGCUCGUUCGUGGUGAGUGGGAGCAACUUCAUGGAGCAGCACUGGUACCUCUGCUACACCUGCGACCUCACUGUCUCCCGCGGCUGCUGCUCCGUCUGCGCUGCCGUGUGCCACAAGGGCCAUAAGCUCGUCUACUCACGCUUUUCGAGAUUCUUCUGUGAUUGCGGUGCGACGGGACCGGCUCCCCCGUCCAGCGCCCCUCCUGGUGCCCACACGAGUGGUUCCCUGGCGGAACCUGCUAGACGCUCUGCGGCUGCUGUUGGUGGUGCCGGUGGUAGUGCUAAUGGCGCUGGUUCGGAUGCUACGGGCUUGCCGAACCAGGGGGCUUUUAAUCAGUCGGCGACAGGUUCGGGGUCUUCCCCUGCUGCGGUUUGGGAGCGGUUUCGGCGCAGGAGGUCCGGAACAGGCUUGGCUCGGCAGGGGGAGGUUUCAAGGGGAGGGGGGAGAGGGGAAACCAGUGGGGGGAGUGGGGUAGGCGGGGAUGGGACCGUUUUCAAGGGGUGCUUUGCGCUGAAACCCCGUUCUGUGGGGUCAGGGAGACAGGCUGCGGCAGCAGGAGGGGUUGGGAGAGGAGAAGGCGGAGUGGCUUUGCCAGGAGGCACGUUUGGAUGGCCUGUCCCUCGCACUGCUGCCAGUACAGGAGCGGAUUAUAGAGGGGAUAACGACCAUGCUGCUGCUGCCGCCACUGCUGGUGCUGCUGCUGAGCUGGCGCCAGUAGCUUCUGACGUGGCACCUGUACCUUCGGUGGAGGAGGCAGCAGCACCGAUGGAGAUAGGCGAGGUGGAAGUGGGCUACCCCGUGCACAUGCUGGCCUUUCAUCCCACUGUUGACUCACUGCUUGCAGUCGCAGGGACCAACCAGGUCGAGGUGCUAGUGCUGGACGAUGACUGCACGCUCGUCACUCGCUCUGCUGUGAACCUGUCUGCUGCUCUCCCCUCAUGUUCUCACUUGGCCCCUUCCCCCUCAUCCCCCCUCCCUUAUUCGACUUCCUUGCUCUCUUUUAGGAGGCCCGUUUUUGGAGGCACGUCUGCUCGUGGCAACCCCCUCAGCAGCGCUCCUGUUUGCAGUGGCUGUAGGGCUGCACUGUACUACGCAACCAUAGACGAUGGCGAAUCAGCUAAUGACGAGGAUGAAGACGACAACCAAGAGGACGACGACGAGGAUGAUUACGAUGAUGCGGAGAAUGGAUUUGAUCUGUUUCUGUUCAUGCCAUGUCAGCACAUCACGUUGCGACGCCUGUCGCUCCGGCCAUCAGGCUCGGACCUACCCUGGCAGCAUCAGGCUCGGACCGGUCCUUCCCCUCUUGCUGCUUCGGAUGCAGCGGGGAAAGCAGGAGGAGGAGGUGGAGGAGGAGGUGGAGGAGGAGGUGGAGGAGGAGAAGGAGGAAGCGGUGUAACUUUGGGUGAGGGUGGAGGGGUUGUGGGAAGGAGGGGUUCUGGGUUCCUGUGCCCGGUGGCAACACAUGAGGGGUUUCUCGUCUCUCCUGACGGCCGCCGCCUCUUUUUUGCUCGCCUCACACUCUCCGGACAGGCGAUAUCGCUGCUGCGGGAGAUCACUAUUAACAACCAGGGACCACUCGCUCCACCUGCAGUGGCUGGGCAUCAGGAGCAUCUCACCAGGGGCGUCCCAUGCUUCUCCCAUACGCUGGUCUGUAACGCUGCUGCUGGUAACCACGUGGGUGGUAACCAGGUUGGUGGUAACCACCCUGGUUGUAUUGUGGGCGUGGCGGCGUGUCGAGCUAGUAAGGAGAGGGAGGGUAGUGAGACAGAAGAGGAGGAAGAGGAGGGGUACGAGGAUGGAGAUGACGAGGAAGAGGAAGAGGAGGAUAUGGAUGAGGAGGCAGGAGGGGAGGAAGCUGAGGAGGAGCAGAGGGAGGGUGAGAGCGAGAGUGGGAGGGCCCAGGCUCAGGAGAUUGGUGAGGUGGAUGGGGAUAACCGAGUGGUGCUGCUGUUUCAGGAUGGGUCUCUAGUGCCUCUUUCUCCAGAGGAGGAGCUUCAAAUCGCUGUGAACACUCUGCUCUGUAUCGUGGACAAAGGAGGGGCAGGCAGCAAAUCAGAGGCUCCAGCAGCAGCAGCAGCAGCAGCAGCUGCAGCAGCUUCAGGAGGGGCUUCGGGAGUGGGCUCAUCUGGAGUAGGAGCACUUGGGGUAGGUGCUGGUUCAGGGUCUGCUUCUGACGUGGCAGGGGGGAUGAGUGACAUGGACAGUGAAACUGUGCUGCAUAAUCUCAUGGCUGAGGAUGGCUUCCUGGAAGCUUCCUCCUCGAAGGGUUUCAAGAUCACCAUAACCAACACCAACUCCAGUCAACUACUCGUGGGAGUCCGCGUCCUGCAGGGAGAGCAGCACGCAGAGAAGGAGGCAGAGCGACAGGCAGAACAACAGGCAGGGGAUGGACGGAAGGGGGAGGAGACACAGGUGGAGGGGCAGGAAGGGAAGGUGGAUCUGGGGAAGGUGCAGCUGUUGGGGGAGGAUCUUCUGAGGGAAGUGCUCCAUGAUGUGUUGAGAGGAGGCCUGGAGGAGGAGGAGAAGGAAGAGGGGCUGGGCAGUCCUGUGAGAGGUGCUGCUGGUGGUGGUGCUGUGGGAGAAGGGGCCAUUGCAGAGUUGCUGCUGGGCUUGUGCCGAUCGCUGCAUCCGUCGCAGUCUGAUUUUGUCCAGGCCUGUGACUCAACGGAGCUGUCUCUAGCCUUGGAGACACAGCCCAACCAAGAGGCACAUGCUUUCCAGAGGCACAUAGACGCCAUGGCUCACAUCGCACUGCUGCGACCCUCCAGCAUGCGCCACUUCCUCUCUGCCACAGCCGCCACAGGCAUCCCCACUACAUCACCUGCACACGUUGACUCUCCCCUAGAAGCUCUCCACAGCCGAUUUCUCUCGGCGCUGCAGGCUGCAGAAGAGAGUGCUGCUGCUGCGGAUGUGACAGCAGAGAAUGCUGUUGACACGGGUGGUGAUGGCAAGGGGAUGGGUGGGAACGGCUCAGAUGACAAAGGGAUGGAGGAAAAUGUGGAUGGGAAGGGGAUGGGGGGGAAGGAAAAAGAUGGAGGGGUUUCUGCUGGGGUGAAGCAAGGGCUGUGGGUGGUUACCAGGUUACGGCACCUUCUUCUGUCUUCCGAUGCUGUUGUUGCAGAGGCAUGCUGGAUGGCUCUCUGUGCUCUCUUCCUGCCGCCGCCUCCUCUCCCAUCUCCACUGCCUUUGGCCGCCAAGGAACAUGAAACACCAGCAGUUGACAGUAGCAGCAAGGACAGCAAGCAGGCAGCAGCAGCAGAAUGUUCCACAGCAGGGGGAACUGCUUCUGAAUCCUUUGGGCCUGCCGGUGUUUCUGGUGCUGACGCUGGGUUUGGCACAGACGGUGCUGCUCUUGCUGCUACGGCUGGUGCUGCUGGUUUCGGUUCCUACGUGGAGAGUGGGGUGGUUGUGGAGGGGGAGGGCUCAGCAGAAGACAUGGACAUAGACCAAGCAGACAUAAAUCAACACAUCAAUCAAGGCUUUGGGCAUGAGUUCAGUCAAGAGUUUGAUCAUCAGGGCAUAGACCCGCAGCUGUCGGUGGUGCAGUUCUGCUGCGAUUCCUGCGGCGUGUGCCCCAUUCAGGACGUGCGGUGGCACUGCCUUGUGUGUGACGAUUUCGACCUCUGUAACGAGUGCCACCAGGCCGUCUCCGCUGCUGCUUCUGCUGCUUCUUCUGGUGGUUUCUCUGCUGCUGGUGCUGGUGGUGCUGAUGCUGGUGCUGGUUCCGGUGCUGGUUCUGCUGCGUCUCUCUUCCCCUUCAGCUCGCACAGCAUCACACACCCAAUGGUCUCCAUUCCCAUUGAUCCUGCAGCAGAUGGCCUGGGGGAGGACGGAGAGGUGGAGAGGCUUAUUGACCGGUUGGGGUACGGUUUUGGUGGGGAUUCUGGUGAGGACGGUACUGCUGGUGCUGAGUAUCGGGCAGGGCUGGAUGCUACUGGGUCUUUUGAAGGUGCACCUUCUGCUGAUGGUGGUGCUGUUGGUGGUGCUGCUGCUAGUGCUAGUGCGCUUGACGGUGCUGCUGGUGGUACUGGUGUGGAGUCGGGGGUUGGCUCAAGGAUUGGAGAAUCAGGGGUGGAGGUGGAGGAGGGGGAACAGCAGGAGCAGGAGCAGCAGGGGGCUGACGGGACUGCUGGCACUGUUGGGACUGACAAGGGGGAAAGCACAGGGAAUACGGUGAAGGAUGGAGAGGAGGGGGAGAGUGAGAGGAGGCGGGAGAGGGCGAGGUGGGAGGGAGUGAGGAUGCGUAUGAAUCAGGUGGGACGGGAGGUGCUGCAGCAGCUGCUCUCCUCCUUCCCCCCUGGCUGGUCCCUCCCGCCUCAACCCACUCUCACUCCCCCCUCCCGUGAUACUUCCUGCCCUUGCUCCCCUCCCAUGCCGCUGCUGCAGCUGCUCUUGCGCGUAUCUGCAGCAGGGGCAGCAGGGGUGCGGCCUAUGGGAGUUGCUAUGCCCACUGUAGGUUCUAUCGAGAAGAGAAAGAAGGAGAAAAAGAAGAAGGGAGGGGCGCGGAGGAGGAAGGACGUAGAGGGGGAUCUGGACUCGGCUGGUGCCCGGCUGCUGACGUGGACGCUGACGUGGCUGGUUGAUGAGCUGGAGCACAGCUGGCGGCAGCUUGCUGCUUACAUGCAUGGCCUUCGCUCCUCUCUCCACCCUUUCCUCCCUCUCCCUCCCUCCUCUCCCCACCUCUCAUCCCCCUCUCCUCCCCACCUCCCAUCCCCCUCCCUUCCCCACCUUCCAUCCCCUUCCUCUACCCACCUCCCAUCCCCCAUCCCUCCUCCUCUCCCCUACUCCGUCAAAGUCCAAUCCCUCCUCCUCCUCAACGCCACCCUCCACGUGGCACAAUCUCAGCCGUCCACGUGGCGCUGGUACUGCGCAGGCAAGGACACGUCAGCGCUACAGCUGCUGGCGGCUGUAGCAGCCGCUACAUCCUCCCCCCGCUGGGCGGCAGAGGAUGGGCCACUUGCUUUCAUCUCAUCCUUUGUGCUCUCUGCUGCCUCUGCCAGGCUGCGAUCUCAGGGAUGCAUGGUCAUGCAGGGAGUGUGGAAUCACGCCUCUCAGUCUCUCCGCAAUUCCAUCCUCUCCUCCCUCCUCGCCAUCCUCCCCCACACCCCUUCCCUCGGCGCCCACGCCCUCAGCUUCUCCCACCUCCUCCUCUCGCUCCUCGCUGACCUGGCAUCCAGUCAGCAGCCAGCUGGCGCCGCUGACGUGGCAGCACGAGCGGCAGCCGUGCUGCUGACUCAGCUGGCGCAGCAAAGUCAAGCGGUGGCUAACCACCCGAGCGCAUCGCUCAACUCUGCCUUGCAUAGACUCCUGGGCCCGGAGAGUGAGGGAACAGAUGGGGAGCCGUGUGCAGUGUGUGCGUACCCAGAGGCGGUGUGGGGGAGUGUGAGGAUGGAGAGUGUGCGGCAGGAGGUGCGCUUCUCAGACUGCCGGAUAUACCUGCGCCUCACCGAGCCGCAUCUCAUCAAGGGAUUCACCAUGACGGUGCACGACUCGAGAAGAGGCCGCUCAGUGAAGGACCUGCGGCUGCUGGGGAGCAACAGCGCUGCCUGCGACCUGCAGCAGGUCAAGACCGCUACAGACGAGCUCUGUCACCCACUCGCGCGCUGCCAGCUGGCCGCCGACCAGCCUGAGAUCCGCGUGGAGCUGCCUCUGCCCGUGGCGCUGCGCUUCAUUGUUGUGGAAUUUGCUUCGUUCCACGAGAGCCACCCGUCGUCCUCGUCGUCGUCUCGGGAGUCGUUGCAGUGCCCGCGGUGUAACCGCGUGGUAACCAGCCGGCACGGCAUGUGCGCGGUGUGCCAUGAGAACGCCUUCCAGUGCCGCCAGUGCCGCGCCAUCAACUACGACAACCUCCAUGCCUUCCUCUGCCCGCAGUGCGGCCACUGCAGGUACGGUCGCUUUGAGUUCGCGCUGCAAGCUCACCCCUGCCCCUCGUCCAUCGACCCAAUCCUCUCCGAGGAAGCUUCCAAGAAGGUCGCGGCAGCACUGGAGGCCGAGGCUGAGUCAGCAACCCGGCUGCGUCAGCAGCUGCAGGCGCUGCGCCGGCCAAUCGCACGCCUCGUUUCGUCCAUCCUGGACGACGACCCAGCUGCUGACGUGUCAGCAGCUGAUUUGCUGAAUCCUGGCCCGAUCUCAGCAGGAGCAGCAGCAACAGGAGCGGGAGGAGGAGGGGGGCCAGGAAGAGCAGGAGGACUCAGCAGGGAGAGGGCCAUAGGAGGGAGAUCAGGGCUGGAAGGGGGAGGAGGGGGUCUGUCUUCCCUGCUGCAACUGGCAGCAGCAGCAGGCGGGGCAGGUGGCAGCAGUGCAACAAGAGGAGGGGCAGGGGGAGGAGGGGGAGCAGGAGGAAGGGGAGGAGGUCUUGGGUCCGCAUCAUCCUUACUGUCUGCCUUGCUGGGAGGCAGGCUAGGGGCAGGACGAGGAGCAAGAGGCAGCGGGUCCGGCACAGGAGGAGCAGGAGGGGGGGCAACAGGGAGUGGGCUUCUGGAUUUCGACCUGUUUGACGAUCUGCUGGCUGCUGCUGCUGCCGGCCCUGGUGCGGACUCCGGUGCUGGUGGUCUGUUCAGUUCUGGUCUAGCCAGGGACACAGCAGGGGGGUUGGGAGCUUCGGGGAUACCAGCAGCAUCGGGAGCUUCAGGGAGAGCAUCGGGCGGAGGGACAGGCGGAGGGACAGGCGCAGGGACAGGCGGAGGGACAGGCGCAGGGGCAGCAGCGGGGUCAGCUGCAUCGGCUGCAGCGGCGGCAGCAGCAGGAGAGGAGAUGCUGCUGCAGCUGCUAGAGGCCUUCCCACCCCUCUCUGCCGCUGGAUCGGGUAAUUCUACCAGCACAGGCACUGCUGCUGGUGGCGGUAGUGGCGCUGCUGGUGGCACCGGUGCUGCUGGUGCUGCUGGUGACGCCUCGCUGUUCCCUACCACCAGUGGUCUCCCUCUCUCCUCCGCAUCUAUCUCAGCAGCGACAGCAGCAGCCGCUCAGGCGCACGUGAGCCGUCGGAUCGCGAUCCUGGGCGCGCUGUACGCUGACAAGUGUCGCGCUGUGCACCGCGGGCUCGCCACGUCAGCAGAGAGGAUGGGCGCGCUACAGAUGGCCCUGGCUGAAGCAGCAGCAGUGCUGCCGGGGUCUGCUUGGACUGCAGCAGCACUUUUGUCGGGUUCUGCCUGCAAUGGCUCGAGAACUCAACUGGUGGUGGAGUGUCAGCAGCAGCUCUCCCUCCUGCUGCAGGGACUUGUGACGGAAGCUGAGGGGGAGAGAGCGGAAGGGACGGGGCGUGAGGAGGCGUGUGAGACGAGUGAGGGGAGGAGGAGGGCGUUUGUGGCGGCGUGUGUGGAGGUGCUGGGGGAACUGGUGGAGGAGGACGGGGAGGUGGGGCAAGAUGCUGCUGCGUGUGACUCCUGGAGAGUGAUAAGUUUCCUCCUCCGGCAUCUCUGCAACACCAUCUGUCCCACACGACCCGAGCCCGAGUACGAGAUGCUGCUCAUCAAGGCAGCGACACAGGAGGAGUUCCUUCCUGGGCGCCUGCAGCACAACCCCUACUCCAUCAAACAGGUUGGUCCACUCAUGAGGGACGUCAAGAACCUGAUAUGCAAGGAGCUGGAGCUACAUGGGCUGAUGGACGACGAUUAUGGCAUGGAGCUGCUGGUUUCAGGGCAGAUCUGCUCCCUGGGGCUCUCUGUGCGGGCGGUGUACGAGCAAGUGUGGAAGCAGCGGGGAGCCAUGAGCGUGACCUUCCGGUUACAGGGUCUGGAUGGUGAAGCAACAGAGCCGAUAGUGAAGGAGCUGGAGGAGGGGGGCGAGGAAGCCACUGACCCGGAAAAGGAGUUCGCUGCUGCUGCUGCUCUUGUGCCACGUGCCCUUGGUGAGGUAGCAGAUGAGGAGCUAGCGAGUGGGGAGGAUGACGUGAGCGAUCUCCUGAAGCUGCUGCACACUGCGUGCCUGCUGCGGACCAAUCGCGUGCAUCUGCUGCGCUCCCACGCGCUGCCACGUCUGCUCGACCGCGCCACGCGUGCAGCGCUGUACGCGCAUGGUGUUGCCACGUCAGCGCUGGGAGGAGGCUCGACGGCAGGUGCUUCUGGGACAGCUGGUGCUGCGGUUGUUGCAGUAUCUUCCCAAGCCUCGCUGGCAGGUUCGGCGGAGGCCGCAGCUGACACCCUGCUUCGGAUUGUUGAUCUGCUGAUGGUGGAAGGUGGUGAGGGUGGUGGCAUGGGGGGCGAAGGUGGUGUGGGCACUGCAACAGCAGAGAAGGAGGAGGAAUAUCGGCAGGAUGAGAAGCAUGAAGGGUCAGGACGGGGAGAAGAAGCAGUGAGAGUGUUUCUAGAGAAGCUCACUGCAGCGUCUCUCUCCCAGGCUGCUUCUGGGGGGGUGGCAGACGCUGGUGGGGGAGAGAAGGUGGAAACGGGUGGGGAGAAGGAGGUUAGAGGGACGGGUGAGGAGGAUGGGAUGUUGGGUGGGGAGAAGCGGGAGGAGGGUGCGGAAAAGGGGGCAGAGAAGGGGGUGCUGCCGCUGCUGCUGCUGCUAGAGGGGGUGGUGGGGUAUGAUGGGCUGGGAGCACGGGCUGAAGCGCUUCUAGAGGUACUGAGCGGUGGAGAGGAGUCGGAAGAGGUUGGCGAGCAAGGGGAGGGAGGGAAGGAGGAGAGGAGAGGAGCAGGGGAGGAGGGGAGGGUGGAUGAGGAGGUUCGGUUGGCAGUGGCUGAGCUAAGGGCAGGGGCGAAGGAGAGGAGGAGAGAGAAGGCAAUGCGACGACGCAUGGAGCUGAUGAAGAGCAUGGGGGUAAAAUCCCAGCUGGCACCUACCGGGGCCCACCGCAUCGUGCUGACAUCAGCAAAACCGUCAGUAUCUGGGGAAGGUGCAGCCAGUGCAGGCCCCUCUCCAGUUGCAGGGGCAGGCAGGUCCGAGGAUGAGGAGGAGGAAGAGGAGGAGGCAGGGAAGGAGCGAAAGGAAAAGGGAGAGGAGGGAGAGGAGGAAUUGGAGGAGGCUAGUGACGUAGGUGCCUCUGCUGCUGCUCUGCUCUCCACUGCUUUCCCUUUCAACGACGCACGAGAUCUACAACUGGGUCGUCCCAUCGCUCUGCCUCCUGCCAUGCGCGCGCUGCGCUGCAUGGUGUGCCACGAGGGCUACCACCUGCGUCCAAAUGAGCUCAUCGGCUCCUACACCUACUCCAGACGCUUCUCCGAUUUGUCGACGUGGAGUCUGACAUCAACGACCAGCAGGGUGGCAGUGAACUGGUCUAUCUCCACGGUCUCUCAUUUCAACACCAUCCACUUCUCCUGCCACGACCGCGCCAAGCGUGCCGAUUCCGCCCUCAAGCUGCCCAAGCGCGAGUGGGACGGGGCAGCUCUCAGGAACGGAGGCACCCUCUGCAACGCCCUAUUUCCCCUGCGGGGCCCUCAGGUCUCCCCAGCAGUGUACGCCCGCGGGCUUGACUCCUGGUGGGAGAGCGUCUCUUCCCUCGGCCACGUGGACGGCACUCGCUUCCUCGUUUUACUCAGAGAUCUCCGCACGCUCAUCGCUCGAUUCAUCCUCCCCGCUCUCCUCCUCUCCAUUGCAAUCCUCCCCUCUCGCCUCCUCUCCAUUACAGUCCUCCCUCCUUCUCUCCUCCUCCCCAUCAGCCUCCACCUCCUCCCCUCGCUCCUCCUCUCCCUCCACCUCCUCUCUCCACCUCCCGCGCUCCUCACUCUCAACAGCGACAGUCGCAGGGGGGAUGGGCGGCAGUGUGUGCGACGCCAUGCUGGCAACUGUGCUGACGUGGCCACUGCACAGGUGGCAGCGGUCGCGCCACAUGUUCCUGCUGCUGGCAGUGCAUGA